AUGGCUCUCUCAUCGCACUAUCACGAGCACAAGCCAAAUGUGCCGAUCAUCAUGGAAGACGUGUUCGGCUGGGUCCGUGAGGGUAACGCGUUCCAAGUCAGAGUCUGGCUCGACGACCAUGAGCACGACCUGAACGUCGGAGAUGACCAUGCGUUUUCGCUCCUUCAUUGGGCCGCCAAGGAGGGUCACGUCUCGAUCGCUGAGAUGCUUCUGUCGAGGGGAGCUCGGGUAAAUGCCACCAACAUGGGCGAUGACACAAGCCUUCAUCUGGCCGCGGCUCACGGCCAUCGACCGAUUGUUGUGGUAAGCGAUGACAUUUCCAUCUCAUUCAAAUUAGUUCCGCAACUUCGUGUUGUAUUGUCGCAAUUUUCAUUGGUAUUCAAUCAUUAA